AUGCAGUCCCAAUUGAGCAACCAAAUAUCAUGCAAGCGAUGCCAAAAACGUAAAAUAAGGUGUUCCAGAACGUCCCCUUGCAUUAACUGCUCUCUGGCCUCCGCGACCUGUGAAUAUCGCGAUGAUCGAUCCCGGCGACUUCCUAUAUCCCGUGAUUAUGUCGCAUCGCUAGAGUCGCGAGUGGCAAAGCUCGAAACAUUUCUCGCACAACUCAAAAAAGCGCCUCGGGAGCAGCGGGAUUCCUUGAUUGACAGCAUCAAUUUUCUCGAUGAUUCGGCCGAUUACAGCGCCAAUGCCGGACAGAAGAGUCAUCAAAUGGGCGCCGCUGUCCACGACCCAGCCAAGGCAGUUUUACGACAAGAAGACGAAGGGUCACUCACAUAUCAUGGGCCAACCAGCAUUUAUAAUGGUGCUCUGGCUUCUUCUUCAGACAACAAUGCGCAGGCCACGAGCAUGAUUCCUUCGCCCCUUGUUCACCCGCUCGAUUCCGGCGAGGGGAUCACAAAUCAAUGCAUAGGCCUCUUCUUUCACUGGCAAUACUCGCAGUUCAUGUUCAUUGACCGCGAAGCUUUCAUCAUGGACUAUCAGCGCAGAUCAUUUGACAGCCAAUUCUGCUCCUCUGCGCUCAUCAAUGCAGUGUGUUCAAUCGGCGCAUUAAUGUCUACAGACCCAGACAUAAGACAACGGGCAUCCCAUUACUCACAGCAAGCCAUCAACAUGGUCAUGAGUCACGGCCUCGUCACACCACAUACAACCUCUGUGCAAACCCUCCUAUGCUGCGCCUUUUAUGAGAUUGGGGCCGGCAAUCUCUCCAAGGGCUGGCUUUUCUCAGGUAUGGCAUUUAGAAUGGGUCACGAUCUAGGCUUCCAACGCGAUCCGGAAACAUGGACAGAUAGGACUGCAACAGAGCAAGCUGUCGUCAGGGAGUAUCGCCGCCGGAUUUACUGGGGAUGCUAUGUAUCUGACAAAUUCUUCAGUCUCAUGCUAGGCAGACCCAGCAUGAUGCACGAGUCCGAUGCGGACGUCAAGCCUAGCGAACCGCAGAGACAAGAUCCAAUCUUUAAUGAUUGGGCCGAGGGCCAUGGUCUGGUAUUUCUGAAGGACAUCAUACCAAUUGCACCAAGGUUGGCAGAAGUCUUCAACAAGCAGGUCGAAAUCAGCCAAAUCAUUCGCGAAGGCCUAUCCGCCGUCCAUGCUCCAGGCCAGCGACUCUCACAAGACUGGAAAUCCAUUGCUCUGAAUGAAAUAGAUUCAAAGCUAGCUCGAUUCAGGGAGAACCUGCCACCCGCAAUGAGGCUAAAGCAAUGGUCGUCUCUUCUUGAACCGGUACAACCUCAUCUAGCUGCGCUCCACAUGCUCUGGCAUAGUUCUCGAAUUUCUCUCUUCUAUCCCUUCCUCAAUUUGUCGGCCCUCACAGAUGGCGCCGAGAAUACGACUCCCAUAGCCGCUGACGGUCCGGAGAAAGCUUGUUUAGAAUCUGUGGAGCGCAUGAUUGCAAUCUUGAAACGCUUCAAAGCUCAACACUCUCUUCAAAACGCCCCUUUGAUCUUUGUACAUGGAGUAAUUGCCGCGGUCAACACAAUCAUCACUUUGACGCGGAGAGGGCACAAUCAGCAGGGCAAUUUGCACCUACCAGACCUUGACCUGGUGCUCCAAGAAAUGUCUUCCACCUGGGUCAUCGCUGUCCAUGCCUUGAGCCGACUGAGGAAAUUACUAUCGGCUAUGGAAGAAGAAGUUGUACCAAAUACCGUGUCUCAACGACAAGAAACACUCUCCGGUUUCGACUUGGAGCUCCCGACUGACAUAUCCGACUUUGGUGGAGAUUCUCAAAUCGCGCAGAUUCUGGAUUGGGAUUAUCUAUUUGCCAUGCCGAGCGACGGGUUCUCUAACAAUAAUGUCAAUUUUUAA